CUCGGCGAGUUCGGGAACUGCGGCGGAUGUUGAUGUUUUGCUCUGGACCGUGUGUGUGCGCGAGAGUGUGUGUGUGUGUUCCGUCAGGAAAUCUCCUUUAUGUGGAUUUUUAAUGAAACUUCGCAUUGAAGACGAAACAUCUGAGUGAUCUGUGAGGAAAGGUGAGUUCCUCCCGGGAAGCGGGAGGCCGAGACGGCCAUGAUGGAGGACUUUGAUGAGAUUUACGAGGAGGAGGAAGAAGAGGAAGAGGAGGAGGACGAAGGCCGGGCGGCGGAGGAGCAGCUGCUUAAAUUCGGACCGGAACCGGUGCUUGUUCGCGGAGCAGGCCGGGCCACGGUGUUUGGACUCAGCAAUAAAUUUGAGACAGAGUUUCCUUCAGCACUCACAGGUGGCCCCAGAGGAGUUUAAGGCCAGUAUCAGUCGGGUGAACGGCUGCCUGAGGAAGACUCUGCCGGUGAACGUGCGCUGGCUGCUGUGUGGCUGUCUCUGUUGCUGCUGCACACUGGGCCUCAGCCUCUGGCCCGUCAUCUGCCUCAGCAAACGAACACGCAGAUCCAUAGAGAAGCUGCUAGAGUGGGAGAACAACCGCCUUUAUCACAAGUUGUGUUUGCACUGGAGGCUGAGCAAAAGGAAGUGUGAGACCAACAACAUGAUGGAAUACGUUAUCUUAAUAGAGUUUCUACCCAAGAUUCCCAUCUUCAGGCCGGAUUAACAGCCCUCUCACGCUGUCCUCUGCCUAAGGUGCCUUCCUCUGGUACUCCUCCCUCUCUCACACGUGUCCCACGCUACAGACUAUAAACUCCUCCCAUCUUCACAAAAACACAUAUCCUCAUAUAAACACGUACACACGCUGCUUCUCCCACGCACAGUCACACAGUACUGUUUACACACCCACUUAAACCCCACCCCCUCACCCCGCCCUCCCGCCCGCCCUCACCUGAGAACAUCACGGUCCUACAGCACAAGGCCCUGAGCCACCGGCAGCCAUGACGUGAAGCUGGACAGGGGUGGCGCUUACCAUAGCGACGGAGAACAAACCGACAUCAAAGAUUCAAGAGCAGAGGGCGGAGCCUAUGUUCGAUCAUCCAAUCAGAAAAACACGGUCUUGUGACAUCACAACGUUAUCUCCACCCGGAGGCGCGGGUUUCCCACGCGAGUCGCUCCAUAAGCCCAGCAUUUUCCCUUCAUCCAACCUGAGAGACAAUCACACGCUGGCUGCACCCGUCAGGACCGAGACUUUUCCGGACGGGUCGCGGCCGGAUCCUUUACAAUGCAGCACAGGAUGGAUUAUUUCUAUUCUUUAAUUUUAUUUUUAAGCUUGUGAGAACGUUAUCGAGCCCCGAAGAAUCUUCUCACGCAGGAGGUCACGUGUGAGACGGCCGCCGAAAGACGAGGCUGUGUCUCAAAUCACGUGCGUCUAGUCAGUGUUAGCAUGCUAACGUCUGAUACGAUCCCGUUAGCAGGUCGCUUCUCACGAUUCUCUCUUCUCUAAACUCUUAAAAGUGUGUUCCGUUAGCGUACACUACGUACUUUUAAGCACUAGGUCACCGUGUGUGGUUUGAGACGCAGCCCUACGCUCACAACUAGCCACCCUGCUAGCAGUUAGUACAGGACAAUUCUCCCAGCUCGAUUAUAUAUUUAACACAGUUUCGGUUUAUAAUCGGAUCAAAAAACUAGCUCAUAAUUAUGCUAACAUGCCCAGCACACACAUGAGCUAGCGUGUCAGGUGUGGAUUAGCUUUAUUUCUGACACUGUGGAACAUCAGGAUCAUGAUUUCUCUUUUUUCCUUGUACUUAGCAAAACGGCUAAUCCUUUAUGUUUUUAUGAUAGCAGGUUAUGCAACAUGCUAAGAUUCUAGCUAGCAAGCCACAGAGUUUUUUUUUUAAAUAAAUAAAUAUAUAUAUAAUUUUUUUUUUUUUUAUUUAGCAACGUGGCUAAUUGUUCUGGCUCCUGUGAGAAGAUUUUCAGUCAGUAAAAUUCCCACAAGAUUUUUUAAUUUUAUUUUUAAAGGAAUUUUUAGCUUUGUUUACCUGCUCAUUUAAAAAGAGCAGCUUAAUGUUUAACUUUGGUGUGUGUGUGUGUGUGUGUGUGUUUUCUAUCUGUCUCAUGAGAAACAAUCAACAAACUUUGCUGUGGUUUUAAGAAGAAAGGAAAAAACCGCCCCUCUUAUACUUUAAGACUUAAUUUAAAAUUUUCUGAUCGUAUUAAAAAGGAACAUUUUGGUCAGAAAUGAAGCGACGUCCAGCAGCUGGACACACCUUCGUUUGCCGUUUAGUCGUCUUAAAGGAAAAGAAAUAAACCGCAGAUGGAAAUUAAACAUUAAUAAAGUUAUUCAUUAGCAUCAUAAACCUCCAGAACUCUGCUAGCUGCUUAAACGUGCCGCAGGUUUCAUUAUUAGCUCACGCUGUUCCAAAAUGGAGCAGCAGAUUUACCCAGCUGUGUGUGUGUGUGUGUGUGUGUGUGUGUGUGUGUGUGUGUUCUUCUGUUAUGUUUUUUCCAAGUUCUAUAUGUUCAUCUAUUAUUAUUGUUUGUUUCUUUACAGAAUAUUUAAGUACUGUGUAUGUACAGGAAUAAAGUACAAAUAAAGUG